CCUGAUGAGGCUAUUGCGAAAGAAUUACUAGACGGUUUCAUGUAUGGUUUUCAUUUGCAAUACACAGGCCCCCGAAUCCCCGUAGAUGCUCCAAAUUUAAAAUCAUUGAAUGACAAUAUUGCAUUAGCUAGAGAAAAGGUUAAAACAGAGAUUGAGAUAGGUAGAGUGGCUGGCCCCUUUAAAUCAAGACCUAUUGCUAUAUUACGUAUAUCUCCUUUAGGUUUGGUUCCUAAGAAAACCCCAGGUCAAUUUAGAAUGAUACAUCAUUUAUCAUAUCCAGAAAAUCAUUCCGUUAAUGAUUUCAUUGAUCCCCAUGUAUGUUCGGUAUCGUAUACAAAAUUUGAUGAAGCAGUUUUUAUGAUACAAAGGUCAGGUCAAGGGUCAUUGUUAGCAAAGGCUGAUAUUAAGUCUGCAUUCAGAUUAUUGCCAGUGUGGCCAGGUGAGUUUGAUUUAUUAGGUUUUAAACUUGAAGGGCAGUUUUUCUUUGAUAAAUGUCUACCAAUGGGUUGUGCUAUUUCUUGUGCUACAUUUGAGAAAUUUUCCACAUUUUUAGAAUGGGCCACACGUAAGAAACUGUACGGGGGGGAAAUGAUACAUUAUUUAGAUGAUUUUUUGUUUGUGGGGUCAAAGAAUUCGAACCAUUGUCAACAAGCUCUAUACACGUUCUUUAAUUUAUGUAGUCGGUUAGGAGUGCCUAUUGCUGAGGAUAAGACUGAGGGCCCACAGGAGGUAAUUUGUUUUCUGGGCUUGGAGAUUGAUACUGUUAACAUGUUAAUCAAGGUACCAAUGGAAAAGGUUCACGAAAUUGUGACUAGGAUUUCAGAUAUGUUAUCAGGACAGAAAACUACAUUGAAGGCGAUGCAGUCUUUAUUGGGCAUUCUCAACUUUGCAUGUCGUGCAAUCGCUCCAGGUCGAACUUUUUGUAGGCGAAUGAUUAAUGCCACUAUUGGGCUUACAAAACCAUUUCAUCAUUUGAGAUUAACAGCUGACAUACGUGCUGACCUGCUUAUGUGGUUACAAUUUUUCAAAUCAUUUAAUGGAAUAUCGAUGUUCCGUGACCAAUUUUGGGUCACAAGCGAACAUGAAAACCUUUUCACUGAUAGUUCAGCAAAACAGGGAAAUGGCUUUGGAGCAUAUUACAAUGGUAGUUGGACUUAUGCGAGUUGGCCUCAAUGGUGGUUUGAACAGGGCUAUACAGAUGACAUUACAGUGUUGGAAUUUUUCCCAAUUUUAGUGGCAAUAUUUAUUUGGGGCAAUAGGUUGGCAAAUAAAAAGAUACUUUUUCAUUCUGAUAAUCAGUCUGUUGUAGCCAUAAUAAAUUCUAUGACCUCGAAGUCGCACAACAUUUUGACAUUAUUGCGUAUCUUUGUACUUCGAUGUUUACAGUUGAACAUACUUUUCAAAGCAGUACAUAUUCCUGGCAAUGUAAAUAUAUUAACAGAUAGUUUAUCACGUUUACAGCUGGACAAAUUCCGACAACUGGCUCCUCAGGCAGAUUCCAGGGAGACUUAUUUCCCAACCUGGCUCUGGUCAAUUUUCACAGUGAAAUUGGAAGACUGCUAGGCGCAAGUCUAUCGAGCAGUACCCAUGCUUGUUACAGUAAUGCUAUCAGAAGUUUGGCACAGUUUAGAUCCUUAAUGCAUAUGGGGGAUAUAUGGCCGGUCCCUAUUGAGCAUUUACUAUUAUUCAUAGGACACCAUUCUACUAAGGGGUCAGCCCCAUCUUCCAUCGCAUCUUACAUAUCGGGCAUUAGUUUUGUGCAUAAAGUGCAUCAGUGGGACGACUCGACUUCCUUUUUUAUAGUUAAAAAAGCUCUGGAAGGUUUGAAGAGGUUGCAUGGCCGGCCUGACGCUAGAUCUCCCAUUACCCUUGAUAUUUUAGCUCAAAUACACUCAGAAUUGAGGCAUAUUUGUGCAUCUAGAUAUGAAUUGUUGUUAUUCAGGGCUGUGUAUUGCUUGGCCUUUUUCGGUCUGUUCAGAGUGAGUGAACUAGUCUAUACUACACCACAUGCAUCGCAUAGGCCUUUGUUGUUCUCCGAUAUAACAUUAGAUAUAGGCAAUGUUUCAGAAUUGAUUGUGACUUUAAGAUACUCCAAAGUGGUCGUGGUACAACAGUGCAUAUUCCGUUAAUACCAGGUAGUUUGGUUUGUCCUGUUAAAAACAUGCGAGAGUUCUUGUUGGUCAGACCUGUCAACAAUGGUUAUUUGUUUGUCCAUUGUGAUAGAAAACCCCUCAAUCAAUAUCAGUUCAGUGCAGUAUUAACUAAAGUAAUUUCUUUCUUGGGUUUACCUCAGGCACACUACAAGUCUCAUUCCUUUCGAAUAGGUGCUGCAACUACCUUAGCUAUGAGAGGAAUUUCGUCUGACACAAUUCAAGUGUUGGGUCGUUGGAAGUCCACAGCUUUCCAAAAAUAUGUUAGAGUUAAUAUGGCAUAGGGUUAUUGUUGCAGUGUACCAAGUCAUGCGCUGCUUCUGGUUAAUAAUAUUCAUUGAGUUUUUGCAGACGUAUGGAUAGUGGGAUCUUCUGUCAUUUAUUGGGCAUCCAAGAGAGCAGCGGUGCAGUUGAACAGUCACUUACGGCUGGAGCGCCUAGGGGUGAAUAUUUCCUGGAUGGGACGCCGUGGAUUAAAGUGGGACGGCGCGAUGUAUAAUAUCAGGAAGAGGCAUAUUUUGUAACUACCGGAAGUGAUGUCACGACUUCUCUUAACUGUCGCCCGUCGUCUGUUCGUCCAGCCGUCGGUUACAACAUGUCUGGAAUACAGGUGUAACAAGAAACACGCUGUCAGUUGCAGGGAGGCAAUUCUGGACGACUAUCAAGACGUCAUGGCGAUAGCGGAAGUCUAUCAAGGAAGAGAUUAUCUCCCUUCGAAAUACGAAGCGUGGAUCAAAUCUGACAACAUCAAAUGUUACGUCGCCCUCGUGAAUGACGACAUUGCAGCAUUUUCUGCUGGACAUAUCAUCGAUAAUGGCGAGACAGCAGUGCGACUCGCGGGAAGGGUCAAGGACACAUAUCAACGUCAAGGAGUUGUCAGGACCUUGGGCCGUUUCAUCCGAAAACAGUUUAGUUCUUCGGGUCUGAUUAAAUUUGAUACAUUCGCGACAGCUUCGUUAACCUACGACCCAAGCAAGGAUAUAUCCAGCAAGAUACUGUAUAAAGAAACAUUUGUCAAGAAUAUCCUUGCUUACAGAUUCAAAAUCAAAGACUUGAAAAUAUCAUCAAAUGACAUGAAAAAUAUGCCGUCAAGUUUUCAGAUGACCGACAUGGAAGCAAUAUUUUCUUCAGAUGCUACAUGCAAACAUCUUUUCCCAAACAAACGUUUUCUUACAGACUGGGUUCCAUUUCGACUUUUGUCAUCAAACAUUGAUGAUAUAAUUAAACCCGAUACUCUCAUGUUGGCGACCAGUGGUCAUGACAGACCAAACAAUGACGUCAUUAGCACGUUCCUCACCACUAGCUCGCAUUUUCCCUGUAAAAUAGGUCUAGCGUAUAAUGUUAAUGUAUUCGGCGAUGACGUCACUGAAUUGCCCCAACAUAUACUCAUGCAUUUGGAAAACAUGAGGCAAAUAUCAAGUGACCCAGAAGUUGUCAUAUCGCUUUUUGUGGUUACACCAGAAAACAUAGUUCGUGCAGAUAUCGACCGUUAUCUGUGUGAUACAAACAUUAGCCGAUACAGAGACGCUGAACAGUUUACGAAAAAACGUGUAUUUGAAAGACCUUUCUCAGAAUAAACUGCAUGUCGAUUUCAUCACACUCGGCCAUAUUCAAAUUACAUGGCUGUAGGAACUACACACACAUGUGAGGCCUCCCAAAAAUUACUUUUUAUGUGUUAAUCUUCAUAAACAUUUUAUAGAGUUUGUACAUCUCUUCCUUCACAUAUCGUUCCCACGGAUACGGGCAUGGAUCCAGUCGGAAAGGAAUAAACCCUCACGUAAAAAUAAACAGAAUGAAAAUUAA